GAUGAUUGGAGGCAGUUUCCGUCAAGUGGGCAUGAGUUCUUCUGUCGGUAGUGGCAAGUUUUGGUGUCUUUUGUGUUGCUGUUAUCUGCGGUUUCAUUGAUGCGUUUGGAUGAAUUUGAAAUGUGUUUGUUGUGGUUGUCGAUGAUCUGUUUAGUGUUAUUCAUGCAGCUGUAACUGAUCUUGAUUGAAUUACGAUUAAAGAUUUUUCUAAGUUUGUGUUAUUUCGGGAAGUGCUUGUCUACUAAGGCAAGGAAUCUGUGCUCGAUUGGAGCUGAUGUGUCGAGAAAGAAAUAGAUUUGACGAUGGAGAAGUCCUUAGAUUCUCAUUUAGAUGACAUAAUGUCUGAACAUGGCGUUAUUGGAGUAUUAUGUAGCGAUCAACAAGGACUUGCUUUAUCAGCUAAAGGUACUGCAAAUCCCAUUCAUGCAGGACUCAUUUCCUCUUUGGCAGAAGAUGCAAAGAAAUUAGAUCCCAACACGACACCAGUCAUCUGUUUAGAGUCAGAUGCAUGUAAUCUUCUUGUGAGAUCAGAAGGAGAUGUCACAGUUGCCAUUCAUAAAGUUCCUUCAUAAACAAAGAAGAAUUUGAAUUUGGAGUUUUCUUUCCCAAAAAGAUUAUUGGUAACUGCAUUUUUAAUUGAUUGUAAAGAAAAAAUAAUUUAUUUUUGAAUAAAUGUUUGCAAAUUUUGAUCUGUUUUCAAUGGAAAGAA